AUGUCGGCAGAUAAAGAUAAACAAUCAAAAAUUAAAUUUGAUCAUGAAUGGUAUUAUUGUUGUCUUCCAUUAGUUGAUACAAAUAUUAAUAUACAUGAUAUAACAAAUUCAAAUAGCAACGAUGAUUAUCAGUGGUCUCCAAUACAAUUACCACAUACUAUUAUUAAUGAUGAAGAAAAUAAUGAUACUAUCGAUAAAAAACAAUAUAAUUGGUGGUAUCGUAAACAAUUCGAAUGGAAAACGUGUCUUAAUGAUUCAGAUAAUCGAUUUUACCUUUCAUUUGAGUCACUUAAUGAUGAUUCAUCAGUAAAUACUUUUACAGUUUGGUUAAACGAAACUGAAAUAUUUUCAAAUUCAUUUCAUUCACCAAAUAUAUCAAUUGAUUUAACUGAACAAAUUAUCUAUACAAAUGAUUCAGAAGAAACUGACAGAAAAAAUACAUUAUUAGUAUGUUGUAAUAAUGUUGCGCUUGCUCUACAUGUUUUUCUAGUUUUACCAUAUGAUAUUCAUUAUGCAAUUGAACAAAAAAAUACGGAGGUUGAUGAUAUUACAGUACCUUGUAGAAAAAAUCGUGUUCUCGAUUAUCUUGUUAAUUUUAAUGAUAUUACUGACACGGAAGAAAAUAUAGAAGUUGAGAAAAAGGAAAAAACUUAUUUUAAGUUAUCUCCGAAAGAACAUGACAUUUUCAAUUAUUUAGUGAGUUCUAAUAAUAUUGAUAUUAAUAAUAAUUCAAAACAAUCAAAUCUACCUGAUAUUGUUGUUAGUGAAUAUCAUGAUCAAUCAAAUAAAGAGAAGAUUGAAGAACUUCACGUACCUCGUCUAACUAUUGUUAUGCUUAUUGUCGGGACCAGAGGUGAUGUGCAACCCUUUAUUGCUUUUGGACAAACACUUUGUGCAGCUGGUCAUCGUGUUCGUUUAGCUACACAUGAAAAAUUUCGAAAAUAUGUUCGUGAACAUGACUUAGAAUUUUAUCCUUUAGCGUCGAAUCCAGAAGAUUUAAUGUCAUUUAUGGUUAAGAAUGGUGGUAUUGUCCCAUCCUUAAACAGUCUUAUGCAAGGUGAUUUGAGAAAGAAACGUGAUGAUGUUUCAAAAAUUCUUCAUUCUACAUGGCUUGCAUGUACAGAAAAUGAUGAUGAAACAUCAGCUCCAUUUACAGCCGAAGUAAUUAUUGCUAAUCCACCAUCAUUUGGUCAUAUACACUGUGCACAAAAAUUACAAAUUCCUUUACAUAUUAUGUUUACAAUGCCUUGGUCACCUACAACUGAAUUUGCACAUGCAUUUUGUAAAAUUGAUCAUUCGAAAGAACCAAAAGAAAAACUUAAUCUAAUAUCAUACGAUCUUAUAGAAACGCUUACAUGGUCUAGUUUGCGUGAUCUUGUAAAUGAUUUUCGGCGAGACACAUUAGGUCUUCCACCAGUACAUAAACGUCAGGCAAUACGUAUGUUAAUUGAUGAACAAGUACCACAUACUUAUUGUUGGUCACCAUCUCUUGUUCCUGCUCCACGUGAUUGGCCACACUAUAUUAAUGUUUCUGGCUUUUUCUUUCUUAAUAAUAAUAAUGAUAAUUUCAAACCACCAGAUGAUUUAGCUGCCUUUCUUGGUCUUAAUAAUGAUAAUGAAAAUAAAGAAAAACUAUCAUCACCAAUUUAUAUAGGUUUUGGUUCUGUUACAGGCAAUAAUUCAGAUCAUCUUCUUCAAGUUAUAUUGGAUGCUUUAGAAGAAACAGGCUAUCGUGCUAUACUUUCUGGUUUUGAGGACAAUGAUGAUGAACUACCAGAGAAUAUUUUAAAAAUUUCUGAUGUUCCUCAUGAUUGGCUUUUUCAACAUGUUUCUGCUGUAUGUCAUCAUGGUGGUGCAGGUACUGUUGCAGCUGGACUUCGUGCUGGUAAACCAAAUAUUGUUGUACCUUUUUUUGGUGAUCAAUUCUUUUGGGGCAGUGUUGUAGAAAAAUGUGGUGCAGGUCCAACACCAUUACCUGGAAAACGAAUAACGGCCAAAAAAUUAGCUGAAGCAUUAACGGCUGCUCAUGAACCAGCAGUACAAGUUGCUGCUGAACGUAUUAGUAAAGCUAUAUCUGAUGAAGAUGGAUGCGCUACGGCAUUACGUAUGUUUCACACUCAUUUACCUCUUUCACGUAUGCAUAGUGAUCUUGAAUCAACAUUUGUUGCAUGCUAUCGUAUUGAUGAAUAUGAUUUACAAGUAUCAAGACCAGUAGCUCAAGUACUUAUAGCAACAGGUGCUCUCGAUGAAUCACAAUUUACUUCGCAUUCUACUCGAGAAUGGACAUAUAUAUAUGAUCAUCGUAUGCAUGUGCCGACUGGUGGUAUUGUCAAACAUACACACAAAGCUCUUUCUCAUAUAUUUGUUCAUUCUGCUAGUGGUAUGAGACGAGCUGUCAGUAGUGGUAAUCUAUUAACAGGAGUUGUUACUGGUGUCGCUGGUGUAUGUAAAAAUAUGGGUAAAGGUGUCGGUUCUCUGUCUGUUGGAGUCUUAUCCUUGUAUGGUGAAUUAACAGAUGUACUUGAUCGUGCUCCAUCAUUAUACGAUCCGUAUAGUGAAUUAGAUGCACACGAACGACCGCGUGUGACUGAUUUUAAAUCUGGUGCUAGAGCAGCUGGUCAAUCAGUUGCAUAUGGCUGGAAAGAUGGUGUCACAGGAUUUGUUAGAAAACCACGUAUAGGUUAUCGUCGUCAUGGAAUAUUAGGUGGUGCGACAGGACUAUUCGUAGCUACAGUUAAUGGUGUUGUAAAACCGACUUCAGGUUCACUCGCUUCAGUUACUUGGUUAAGUCGUGGUAUGUAUGCUAGUAUGAAGAAGAAACGACGAAGCACUCCAACAGAUGAAAAACAAACUCUUAUUAAUAAAAUUUCUGUACAAUCCUCAUCUGAUCGUGACGAUGAUGAUGAUGAUGUUCCAAGGAACAUAAAAUUUGCAUCAGUCGUUUCUGGUUAUUCUAUUGAAAUUUGUCAACAUAUCUUAGAUGAAUUUAAUAAAAUUAAAAAACGUUAUGAAGAAAAUGAUACUUCUUCACAAAAUCAAUCUGAUAACAAACAUCAUCCUAAACAAAAAUGUAGACGAAGUCGAAGGGAUUCAGAUUCUGCACUCUAA